CAGACUCGAGGGAGACGCCGAAGAAGAAGCGGCAGCUGCUACAAGACCAGACGACUCUGACAACGCCUCCCCCACGAGGCAGCGCCCGAGGGCCCAGGGGUCGCCCGGACCCCGUUUCGCAGCCGAGUCCUUCGGCGCUCUGGCGGAGGCAUCGAAGUCGGGAUCCUAAGCGCCAGGCCCCUGCAUCCGUUCGCCCGAGGGCAGCCGCACCCUGCGCCAUCAUCGACACACUCAGCGCCCCCGCAAGCAGCGUGUAGCGGAGGCGAGAGCGCCGACGGGAGCCUCGUAGUUCCGCCCCAUGAGAGGAAGCCCCACGGGAGCCGCCCCGAGCACAGUGACGACGUCACUGCUGUAGUACCGCGGGACGAUGGUCGCCACGCCCAGCCCCGCCCUCGCACGGGCUCUCCUCGCCCCCCUUGUGCUGCUGCUCUUCUCAGGGAACUCGACCCUCGAGGCGCUCCCCGACGCGGGUCUGCCGCAGGAGGCCGGCCAGGGCAGCCGCGUCAUCCCGCCCUUCUCGCCGUCUCUGGAACGCGCGCGCUCCCUGGGCUCGUCCCCCGUCACGCCGCAGGGGAGAGGCAACAGUCCUUCUCCGGAGAACCCGCCAAGAGUCCCCUCGGCGGGCACGAGGGACGCCGCGGACGCGCCCCAGGGCAGACCGGGAGCUGACGCCGGGGCACUGGCACCGUACGGCAAGGGGCUGAGCGGCGACGAGGGCCGGCGCCGGGGCGACGAGGACGUGCCCCCGCUGAGCGAGAUGCCCCUCGACGACGAAGACGCGGAGCCCGACUGCCCUCCCUCGCUGCCUGAAGGCUACGUCACCUGGAGGAGGGACAGCAGGCUGGUCACGGCGACGCUCCCGCAUAUGGUCCCGAGGUCGUGCUUGCCGCCCCUCAAGUGCAGCGUGUCCACCACCGUCCACCGGCGAGUAUUCCUGCAGGAUGGAGACACCUUGGAGGUCAUCCUCCAGGCGCCUCCGGACUAUACCCCGCCCACAUCCUCGGAGUACGUCCCUCAACCAACGCCCACGCCGCCCACGCCAGCUCCAGUCACAACGCCCGUCGCGACCACAACAGCAGCAACAACAACUACUACAGUCGCAGCUACAACAACAUCAGCAACAGAAACAACAGACAUCGAUACAAAUGAGACUCUCACGGCAGACGCAGAGGCGACUUCCGCCGCAGGCCAACAGGGGCACGAGCUGCUGGACGAGCACGAGGCCGACGCGACCUCCACCGCGGCCUCCCAGCACCCGCAGGAGCCGGGCGAAGAGCAGGGGCCAUUCGCUCCACGGGAGUCUCAGCACGAGAGGAAAGAGGCGGCGACGCAGCCGCACUCAGAGCCUGUCGUCCAAAACCAGACUCACCUUUUCGCUCGCGACGACAACCACCCGACGGGUCCCUCGCCCUCAGCCGCCUCCGGGAGAGACAAGAGACAGGUCGUGGGCGGCGCACCCCAUUACCCGCAGUUCUCUACCUCAACCAAAAGGCCUCCUUCACAUCAGCUGACGAGCGAAAAAGAGGAAUCGGAAACCCAAGCGCUCGCCGAGAAGUCCAGAAGACUAGCGAAUCAGACUGCAAAUUCUCCUCUCACAAUAUGGAGGGUGAGCGUGGCGGAGUCCUCGUGCAGCACGCGCGAGGGCGGCCAGAGGCGCGGCGGCGAGAACGGCGUCGUGACCGUCGACUCCAGGUUCCUCCAGGCCGGCACCAACUACUUCAUCGGUCGAUCGUCGUGGUCCUCAACGGAGUGCUUCAAGUUGCAGGUCAUGGUCAGGUCAGCGGAGUGCGGCGAAGGCCAGAUCUGCUCCGGGAAAGGAACCUGCUUCACCAAUGCUUCUAUGGAGCACUUCCAAUGCCGCUGCUGCGAUACUUACACAGGGUCGCACUGCGAGGAGCUGGACGCCUGCGAGCCGAACCCGUGUCUCAACUCGGGGAUCUGCGUGGACAUCCAGGAGGGGCACGACGGGGACACCUUCCAGUGCCUGUGUCCUUACGGGUACCGAGGGCGGUACUGCGAGGAGUGGACCAACCUGUGCGAGUCUCGACCCUGCCAGAACGGCGGCACGUGCACGGGCAACCACUCGGCCUACACGUGCCUCUGCUCCCCCGGCUGGACAGGGACGCAGUGCAGCGAGCGCGAGGAAGUGACGGAACUCAGCAGCAACAACGACGAGGCCUGCGCGAACAGCCCUUGCAUUCACGGCGUUUGCGUGGAGACCCAGUCGCAGGGCGUCAGGUGCUUCUGCUUGCCAGGAUACGGAGGUUCGCGGUGCCAGUUUGAGUACAACGAGUGCGAAUCCAGCCCGUGCAUCAACGGCGGAACUUGCGUCGACAUCGUGAGCGGGUUCCAGUGCCUGUGCGGCAGAGGCUACACGGGGCGCGCAGAUCAGUAUCGGGACGACUUCGACCUCUGCAAGCCGGACCCCUGCCCGGCGUCCAAGGUGUGCGUCGACAAGGGCAACAGCUACUCGUGCGAGUGCCUCAACGGCCUCAGCGAAGACAACUGCGGCCAUCACAAUCUCGUGUGCAUGCCUAACCCGUGCGAGAACGGGGGUACCUGCUGGAUCGUUCCGGAGGUGCACGUGUUCUUCUGCUCGUGUCGGCCGGGGUUCACGGGGAGGACGUGCCAAGACGAGGCCGUGUUGGAGACGGUGGGCGCGGUGGGCACGGCCGAGCCCCACGGCCUCCUCGACGUCCGCCUGCCCGUCGACCGCCCUUUCAACCACAUCAAGAACAUCUACGUCGCCUUCGCCACGCUGGCCGCGGCCCUGCUCAUAUUCAUCGUCGUGGUGGGCGCGUGCCACUGCCGGCUCAACAGGACGUACCGGAAGUGCUUCGUGAAGCUCCCGCGGCCAGGCAAAGUGCUGCACACGGUGCGGCGCCCGCGGCCCACCUCGCUCUUCGACAAGGCCAGACGCGAGCGGAACGGGGCGCUGCGCCUGGAGACGGACCCCGACGGCGCGGCGAUGCCCAUGACCUCCUGCAACUCCAACUCGGACGCCGUCUACUACAACAUGGAUGCCUGCGACAACCAGGAGUUGCCCCUCAUCAAGUAGGCCGGCGGAAGAGGAAGCCCUUGUGCUGUCUCCUCCGACGGCCUCUCGCCGCCGCUGCGCCUCCCGAGGGCCCUGGAGUGCCGAACUUAAGACGGAGUCUCGUUACUGAAACACUUACGUUAAUUCGUUUGUCCAUUGUCUUCUAGAUUUUGCGCCUAGUCAAGCUCGAAUACUGGUCUGUAGUUGCAAACGAGAGUAGUUUGACAAAUUUAUUUUCUUGUUUCUUACUUAGAGAUUCAUAUUUUUUGUGGUCAGUGGAUAGUGAAGACGCGCAGCGCCAUUACUUAUAACCAUUCGUAGUCAUUGUCAACAAAUUCUAGUCGGUAAGUGAUCGCAGGCCAGAUGCAUGAUUAGAUAACUAAAGGAAAUGUAAAGAGAAAAGGACCUAAUAACACCGAUGUAGACGAGAGUUCUGCAGGUAUUAUUCUGCUCUCAUAGUGAACUCGGAACGCGAGGCUACCGGGCUUUGUAAUAACUGCCGCGCCUUUAAGUUCCAGCAUUUCACGCAGAUAUAGGCUUACACACAAUAAGUUUAUAUCUCUCGCCAUCCAGUUUUAUCGACAUGAGGUCUCUCUCUUAGGUAUAUACAAGGCCAACUUACACGUUUGUUUUUGUAGCGUUCUUCCAGUGUAGCGUUCACGACUUCAGAUAGAUAGUCAUCCGAGUUCAUCAUAUUUUUCUUGCACAUUUGAUUUUUUUAACAAUGCACAAUAUCAGACGUUUUGCAUGUUAAGCACCCACACUCGUAUACAUAAACUGAUAUUAGUAUGAGCUAAGAACUAAUUAUAUCAUGUAAAUGACAGUGAAAGUGAAGAGGGGAACUCCUCAUGAAAAUGAAAGGAAAGGUGGACAAUCUUUUAAACUGGGUGUGCAAACACGAGUGUGUAAAUCGGAAAUCAUAUUGUGAAUGAACUCAUUUACAAAAGCUCUCUACCUACCAGUGAAAAUGCAUCAAUGUGCUCGACAAAUGCAUCAUUGAACAGAACGAUUAUUUUCUUAAUCUAAACUGACUGAACCAGAAUCCACUGUUGCAUUUGACACGUGAGACUUGUUGAGAAGUGCCAGGCAGAUGGCAACAAAGCCGAAAGUUUUGUAAGCUAAGGCACCCAUUUGGACUUUGUUGAACGGAAAUUUUGCUGCCAAUAAUCUACAAAUCGCGGGACACAAGAGACCCGCCGUUUCUUCUCUUACAAGGAGCACCUCCAGGGGUGUUUCGCAUUACCUGAUAGUUGUAUUUAUAGUCGGUUGAUUUAAAACAGAAUAGAUUCAAAUUUUAAAGGAUAUUAUUGAUAUUCUUCAAUUUUCGAGCCUACUUGUCAGAUAUGAUUGUAAUGUAUAAAUGUCCAUAGUCUCUUCUUGAUAUCCAGUAUUAAUCUGUCUUUUCCAAGGACAAAGAAAAAGAAAAUUCAAGAGGAAUAUUU